AUGGACGCGUCUGGCUCUCUCUUCUACGACCACUUCAACGGCGACCCUGCCAUCCCCCACGACAGCGAGCAAAGCCCGGAAUCCAGACAAUGCUCUAUACGCGGCUGCACGCUCCUUAUCGCAGAAGGCUCCAAGUACAAGAUGUGCGAACUCUGCAGAGGUCGCCAUCGAAUCUACGCGAGCACCAAGCGCGCCAGGAGAAAAAUGGAGAAGGCAGCUGUUGUGAACGCGUCUACGGCGCGAAAUGUGGCGGUUCCAUUUGUUGAAGAGCCUGGUUUCAUCGUUGACUCGCCUCCGAUGGUAGAAAGCCAGUGGCUAGAGACUUCCAGUGGCGAAUGUAUCUCCGAGACAAAUGCUUCAAAUGACCCACGGCCUUCCUCUGCGACCCAAAGUCCAUCCGUCUCGUCCUCCUUACCUGACCCUUCUUGGAGUCCCGCAAUUGACCCCCGCUUAUUUGUUGGAGAAUUGAUCCCUUCCGCUUCAUCAACAUCUCAAUAUAUUGCCCCUCCAGAACCUCAUCACACAAGUUCAAGUUCGGAGUUGGCCAAUGCCUUGACAUUACCAGCUACUCGUCAAGUUCCUCCAAUACGACCUUCCCUUUCCAACCAGGAGCAGUUGUCUCCAAAAGACCAACAACCAACGCAUUUUGCGGAGCCGGAGCCCUUAAAGGUCGACGAACCAGAUACCUCCAGUGAGCAAGAUUCCAAUGACGGAAAGCGGGUAUGCUCGGUCCGAGGAUGCAAAUUGCUGAUUCCAGCUGAUUACGAAUUCAAAAUGUGUCCCUCAUGUAGAACGAGGUAUCGUACCUACGGCAUCACGAAGAGGACAAAGUGGAAGGCGGAACGAGAUGCCUUUGACCGCGAGAUGGCGGCUUUACGGGUCCUCGAAGAUGAAAGGCGAAAGGCUGAGGGCAUGGGUCCUCUCGCGGACAACCCAGCAGAACUACGUGUAUGGGAGCUAUCUAUCCUAAAUCAAAAAGUGCCCGAGCCCAUGCCCGAGGAACUGGCGUUGCACCCCCUCGACAUCAUCGCACCUGGUGCCCUGACUCUCUUACCAGGUCUCUUCAAUCCCAGCGGCGCAGUGGCUUCGUUCCAGCACAUGCAAACAUUUGCGCCUCCUCUUCCGGUUCGCAUGUGCACGGUGUCUCAUUGCCACAAUAUUUUGCCCAGUCAUUACCGGUUCAAGCGCUGCGAGCAGCACCGAGCGCAGAAUCGACAUCAUAGCCAGCUGAAGCGCGUCAGAGAGAAGGCAGACACGGUGGUUGUACCAGAGCAGGGUACCUCCAUGGAAAUUGUCCAGGAAACCGGACAUGAACGAGAGAGUUGCGACAAAAAUCCCGCGGACGGGAACGAAGGCUCUUCAGGUACUGAAAGGACACUUGGCAGCAUGCUACGCGUAACAAGGGCUCAAAAAUGCCAGAAGAACACCUGCGCCUCGGAGGAGUGCCAUAACCUCCUUAUGCCUGGUGUGCGAUGGCGGAAUUGCGACGAAUGCAGGACAGCUGACAGGAAGAAGAGACUCGUCGCUAAGAAGCAACAAAGGCCGCAAACUUCAGACGAGGAUCGAUCUCCAUCAGCUGGACCUCCAACAGACAUCCAGAACGCCGGACAGCAACACACUGACGGGGAAUUUGACCCAGAUGGAGAGAGCGAGAUCGAUGCAGAGCAGCAGGCAGUGUCGACUCAAGAUCAGCCGACUCCGGCUGCGAACACACAAGUUCAGCCCGUUACUAUUCCCAACGGGGUCGACGCGUCAGGAUUCUCGUCGUUCAGUGUUCAAUUACCGCCUGCUUCUCCGGACCCCACAGCACCGGCUCUAGAUGCUCUCCCGACCUUCGGCACGUUCCAGCUAGAGACGAAAGAUCCUCCGAGUCAAGCAGCCACUAACGACGAAACUCAGCAUUCCGUUGAAACUUUGUCAUUACCAUCGGCGGUUGGAGCAGUUGAGCCACCAUUGCCAGCAGUACCGACAGAUAUACCCUUGUUGGCCUCCCGCGAACUACAUUCGGCUGAUGUUGGUGCAGCCUCUGCCUCGAAGGCCCCAUUCAGCCCAACGAUUCCUGUCUCUGCUCCAUUUGUAUAUCAGCCACCCAAGCGGCUGGAAGCAACCUCGGAGGAGGCUCCCCUACUUGCAGCGAAAGGAAAGUGGAAGGUCACAAUUAGCGACACACAAGUACCGACUUCAGUGUCAGCAGUAGCCUCAACCUCGACGGUGCCUGUAGCCUCACCACUGCCUCAACAAUCCGCGUCAGCACCACCUGCGGUAUUCCAUCCUUAUUCAUACCCUUCACCCUAUGCAUACUAUCCGUAUUUUUUGCCUCCUUAUCCGCCCGGUCCCUAUGGAUACCCAAAUCCAAUAGCACACCCUUCCGAUACGACAGCAGACCCCGAGAAGAAACAGCUCUCCGCUGCGGCCCCGUUGCAGCAGAUGCCAGGUUGUCCAUCCAUGCCGUACCCUUAUCCACCUCCUGGGUAUUCCUAUCCACCGCUUCCUCCAGGUUAUCCGCCCCCUCCGCCUGGAUAUUCAUACCUACCGCCACGAUACACGGGUGGCCCCCUUUACAGUCAAUCAUCGGGGUCGGCUGUUUAUCCUGGAUUCCCGCCGGCUGCAGGUGGAUCAGGCACCUAUCCGUAUACUACGUCGAUGCCAUCUUCCUCGGGUCAGCCAGUAGGACCAAUACCAGCGCCACCGCUACCCCAGCAGACAUCUGCACCUAAGCCCAAGCCCAAGCCCAAACCGAAGCCCAAACCUGCGAAGCCGGAGGAGUCGAAACAGGCGAAGUUUAAUUACUAUCAUUAUGGGACGGGAGAUUCGGAGUCGCCGACAACGCCAGAGAAGGGCAAAAAGAGAUUGAAGAUGGACCCUAACUACCUCGAGAAAUAUCGAGCGCAACUCCAAGCUCGGAGUAUGCUUUCCGCGAACGAACAGCCAUACCUCAGUGCCGACGCUGCUUCCGCAAAGGAAUCCACGAGGGCGUCAUCUUCUGUUGAUGUGUCGUUUGAGGUCUCAGAAGACGUAAAUCAGCAAGAGGCACAGGUGGCGGUGCGUCGUUGCUCAACCAAGCCCUGUAACCGCGUGCUUUAUGUCGAUGCACCUGGUACCAUAUGCGAAAAAUGCAGGCUUCGUUUCAAGAAGCAGCAGGCGAGGACCAAGCACAAGUUCAAACUAGAACCACGUAAAUCAAUUCUUGACGAAAUCCUUCAAGAUAAGAAGGGACAGACGGUUGAAAAUCCCGAUGUUGCAGUGCCUUCGGCAGUUUGA